AUGUGCUUCCAGAAGUUCCCGAUCCUACACCCUCACGAGAUUUUAUCCUACCUAUGGGACGAGGUAGGCAUUGUGGUACCAGAGUCUGAAAUUGCAAAAUACUGGCACACGGCUUGGCAACGUGGUGAGCCGUGGGCUACAUCGAGCCCAGCUAGUGACAAGCACAUUCCAGUCGGCUUGCACGGUGACAGUGCAAGGCUGUGGUCACAAAACAAAUUCGAAAAAAUCACUGCAAUUCAUCUUAACAUCGUGCAUUUCCGACCAUGUUCGGUUCGCUUUUCGAGAUGGUGUCUCUUCAGUUGCCCAACCCACCUAUUGUUCAAAAAUAGAACGCUCAAUGUGGUAUGGAAGCGGCUGACAUGGUCGUUAGAAAGUGCCUUUGAAGGUUUGCACCCGAUGACAGGGGUUGGAGGGAAGCCUUUAUCACAACAUGAACAAAGCUGUGCAGGGCAGCCUUUGUCUCGGUCUGGUGCCAAGUGGGCACUGACUGAGCUCCGUGGAGACUGGGAGUUCCAUGUCCAGACAUGGCGUCCCAGGGCAAGCUGGCAGGCAAACAGAGUGUGUUUUAGGUGCCCUGCACUAGCCAAGAGCACCCAGCCUAGCUACUUGUAUUGGAACCACCAUGGGGAGGAGUGCGGGUGGGAGUCUGAAGAGUAUGGGUUGGCUGGAUUUAUGGCACACGCCUUGAAAGACACAAACCUGUGUCCGUUGCUGACCCUGUCAAUGUUUCGGCACCCUUCAAUCCUGCGUUGGUGUACAAUGCAUACAUUAAACCUCGGACUGGUUUUCUCAGCAAAUGGAGGGUCGUUGAUCCUUUUGGCUGAAGACCUUGGGUACUUUGGUGCUGGAGAUUUUGAUGACCGGCUGGAUGCUGCGUACAAGCAUUUUGUCGCCUACUGCAGGAGUCGUCAUAUCAGCCACUCCCAGCCACCCUUUACUCCCAAAAUGGUGAAGAAGAAAACUGGGGAGGUCCUUUUGACUGCCAAGGCUUACAAUGGCAGAAUCAUUGUGAUGUGGCUGAACCACUGCCUUUUGGAUGCUGUGCAGACUGGACGUGCUUCAGUGUCACUUCACGAUGUUGGCAUCCGUUUCGUGGAUUUGUACCAAACACUGUGUGUGGAGCAUGUGAGGCUUCAACAGAGCCGUUGGUUGAUGAAACCCAAACUGCAUGUUGAGAGCAAUGAAGCAUUCCCAAUCCCGAAAAAGGAGCUUUGGCUUGAUUUGGAUAGCCA